AAGCUUGGGCUCAAGCGCCGCGUCGCCGAGUCAUCCGUUGAGUCAGCCAUGAGCGUCGCUGCAAAGAAGGCCGAGUGGAACGCCUGCCUGGCCAAGAGCGGGGGCUUCCCUGGCAAAUGCGAGAAGUUCGAGAAGGAGCUCCGGGGCGCCGCGAAGGCAGCAGGAAUUGAGAGCUGCGCGGAUGAGACCAUUUCCCUUAUGAAGUGCACCAGCGCCGGCAGCCGCUCCCUGGGCUGCGGCGCGCAGUUCCUGGCCAUGCGGGAGUGCAACCGUGCCGGUGGCAAGCAGCUCUUGGCCGAGGGCGCAGGCUAUGCCGUGGCACCGGGCAAGGCGAGCCUCUUCAAGCCGGAGGCCGGGUCCCUGACGCAGUCCGCUCCCCCGGUCCGCAGCCUCGAGGGCAUGCAGGAGUACGGGCAAGAGUAUGCCAAGUCCCUUGGUGUGAGCGAGGUUCGCUUCUGAGACGCCGGGCCGAUGCAGAUAUUUUGAGCAUGGCGCUCGUAACUGACCAGACUUGCCCCCUUGCC